AGCACUAGUAUGUUGGAUUUGGGAGAUGCAAAGAAGCAGUCUGUGUAGAGGUGUGUGGCAUUUGACAAUGGACUAUUGAAUAAGAGAGAGAGAGAGAGAGAGAGAGAGAGGGGAGAGACCUUGUAGCUUGAUAGAAGCGGGGGACCGUAGCGACCGUGCCAUGGAAGGGGCAUACAACUCAAAGAAAGUGCUUCCUCAGCGGCCAGGAUUUCGGCACCAUAGAAAAGAGAACUAUGUGUGCCGCGACGCCCUGUCCCGGCAGUCUACAGAGUGUAGUGAGGUCCAGGAGGCGAGCCAGUCCCAGCUGCAGCAGUCCAGGGUGAAGCUGAACGGCUCCACUGUGGAGACACCCAGUCACCACGACCUGCACCGCGAACUGUUGGUCAGCACCAAACGAGGUCUGUUGCCAGGAGAGAAGCCUGAGCUGAAGCGAGUCCUGGAACAGAGGAGGCUGGAGCAGCACAGAGAGCAGGAACUGGCUCUACAGCCUCCUCUGGAACUGGAGACGGAGCUACGCAAGAGACAGCAGAUACUGCUGGAGUAUGAGCAGGAGGAGAUCAGGCGCAGGGAGGAGCAGGAGAGAGAAGUCCCUGAGUUUGUACGUGUAAAGGACAACCUGAGACGCACACAGGUGUCUGGGCAGUGACGACCAGCUGACGCUCCGUCCCGUCCCGUCCGCCCCCGCAGCCUCUCACCACGGCUGCAGUCCGUUUCUGGUGGGGGAGGUGCACUUGUUCACCUUCCCCACCACAAUGGUUCUGCCAUCGCAAUGAAUCCAUCCUCCUGUUUCUCCCUCCACCAGCCUCCACUGCGAUCCAUAUCCUACAGCUAUAUGAUGAGGAUCAACUUCACUGCAGCAAGUUACUGAAAAGACUUCUCCUAGGACUGAUAUGCAUCUCUUGCUGGACUGUUAUACUGUGUGGAAAAAGGCCAUUUUUAUUUAUUUGACCUUUAUUUAACCAGGCAAGUCAGUUAAGAACAAAUUCUUAUUUUCAUUGACAGGGUUGACUGCCUGGGUUAACUGCCUGUUCAGGGGUAGAACAACCUUGUCAGCUCGGGGGUUUGAACUUGCAACCUUCCGGUUACUAGUCCAACGCUCUAACCACUAGGCCUACCCUGCCACCCCAAAUAAGCAAUGUAGGAAAACCAGUCAGUAGGUUUUAUAUAAAGAAUGUGAGUGAAAAUACAUAAACUCAGCAACAAAAGAAACAUCCUCUCACUUUCAACUGCAUUUAUUUUCAGCAAACUUAACAUGUCUAAAUAUUUGUAUGAACAUAACAAGAU